AUGUAUGGAACCUUGUUCGCGGCGUACCGCAGCUAUGUGGUGGCUAACCUCUGCCAACAGCGAGAAACAGAGCACCGAGAGAACCUGGCCACGACCAUUCGUACACUCCGCACGGAGGACUCGCAAAAGAUGCUUGAGAUUGAGAAACUGAAAACGAAGACAUCCGAGUUAACCCGAUCGCUGGCCCUGGCAGAGGCCCAAGAACGCGCACUCAAGACCAAUCUUUCCAGUGCCGAUGCUACAAUUAAAGCUCUGAAGGAGCAAAUACAACGUAUGAAGGCGACCGUGCAACAAGUCCGCGCGCAAUGCGCCAACGACAUCCGCAAGCGAGACCUAGAGAUGCAGAAGUUGAAAUCCCACUUGGCCGAGCGGCAGCGAGGAAAGCGGGACGGGCUGAGCAUCACGACCAUCAACAUCAACCCCGCAGUUGAUCGAACAUCGAAGUCAAGAUCUCUUGCUGGCGGUGAGGGAAUCAAUGAGCCCGGAUACAGUUUGAAGCAGGAAACAAACGAGUUCCUGACCGAACUAUGCCAGACUUUGAGCGACGAAAACGAUGCUCUGAUUGCGCUUGCGCGAACAACGGUUCAAACUCUGAAAGACUUACAAGGCCUAUCCCAUCUGGAGGAAGAGGAUGAGCAAUACACAAACGGUACGGCCAGCACACGCACUAUGAAAUCGUCCCACGGACCAGUCAGCACACUUCCUGCGUCCUGUGAGGAGCUGUCGGGUCAAAUGGAGCGGGUGCUGGAACAUCUUCGGACCCUACUUACUAACCCGUCCUUUGUCCCUCUCGAGGAGGUUGAGGUACGCGACGAUGAGAUCAAACGCCUACGAGAAGGCUGGGAGAAGAUGGAAACCCGAUGGAAACAAGCAGUCACACUCACGGACGGCUGGCACAAACGAAUUGCAGAUGGGGGAGAUUCUGUGCGACCGGAGGAGCUUCGACUGGGACUGAAACUCGAUCUAAGCGUUGACUCAAUGCAGACAUCCGCAGCGGGUGUAGCCGACUCGAGCAUGCACUCGCCUAUCUUUGAAGACCAGCAAGCAGAGGAAGAAGAGGAGGCGGCCGCGAAGAUGGCCAAAUAUAACAUUGAACGGGAAGGAUCCGGCGAUCAUUCCACGAGCAAGCUGUCUUCUCCACGCGAACGAAAAUAUCGGAAGGCCUCCAGCCGCGCUCUGAAGGAACGUAGCGAUAAUAUCAUGUCUGGACGAUCACCGCGGAAAGUUUCCUUUACACCUGGACUGCAGGGCUCGCCCUGUGUAACAACUGGCGAGGAGGACGAAACCUUGCAGGUCAAGGCGCAUAAGUCCGGAGCUGUGACCCGCAGACCAUCCAAGAAGAAGACGGACUCCAAGGUACCACGCCAGAAUACCGAAAGUGCGGUCCAAUUAAGCGUCUCACAGAAGCUCGCAGCUGCAGAAAGCGAAGCACGAGCUGCAGAAGAAUCCCGCAAAGAGGCUGAAAGCCGCAAGAGGACUCGAGCUGUGAAAAGCCCUAAGAAAGGCAAUCGACGCAGAAGCACACUGACUAGCGAUGAGCUCGGAGAGCUCAUGGGCAUGCCCUCGCGAUGA